ACUCAUCCCUGAAAGACACAUGACUUCUUCUUCUGAAAGUGAAAGUGUUUCUCCCUCCGAAUCGACUCCAUUUUGUGAAGCGUUUGUACAAGUUAAAACAUCUUUAUCAGCAGCAGAAACGGUGAUAUUAAUGUGACAGAACAAGGCCUGUUGACUAAAGGAGUGUGAUCCAUUCCAUCAGAAGAGAUCAGACUCUUCAGGACUCAGCUGUGUGUUUGUGUGUAAACUUUACUAAUAUAUAAAGAUGGAGACUCCUGAUCUGGACACAGAUAAUGUUUCUACACCAUCAAACAUCUGUAAACUCCAGGGAAAGAGAUCAGAAUCACCAACACACAGCUGUAUCUCCAUGAAGAGUGACUGGUCUAUGGAUCCUCCUCAGAGGUUUAAAGAUGGAGACACAUCACUUCUACACAGUAAACUCCAGGGAAAGAGAUCAGAAUCACCAACACACAGCUGUAUCUCCAUGAAGAGUGAUGGGUCUAUGGGGAUUCCUCUGAGGUUUAAAGAUGGAGACUCAUCACUUCUACACAGGUACGACCCAGAAUCUGCUGGUGGAAAUGAAUUCCAGAAAAAGUUAAAAUUAAAUCUGAUGAAGAAGUUUCAGUGUUUGAAUGGAGUGAUAAUAAACCUGGGAACCCAAACACUCCUGAAUGAGAUCUACACAGAGCUCUACAUCACAGAGGGCGACAGUGGAGAAGUCAGUAAUGAACAUGAGGUGAGACAGAUGGAGGCAGCAUCCAGGAGAAGAACAACAGAGGAAACACCAAUCAAAUGCAAUGACAUCUUUAAGCCUUUAUCUGAACAAGACAAACCCAUCAGAUCUGUGCUGACAAAGGGAGUCGCUGGCAUCGGAAAAACCGUCUCUGUGCAGAAGUUCAUUCUGGACUGGGCUGAAGGGAAAGUAAAUCAGGACGUCCACCUCAUAUUUCCACUUCCUUUCAGAGAGCUGAACUUGAUGAAGGACCAGAAACUGAGUCUGAUGGAGCUCCUUCAUGUGUUUUUUAAGGAAACAAAAGAAACAGAAAUGUCCAGUUUGGAAAAGGUUCUGUUCAUUUUUGACGGAUUGGACGAGUGUCGUUUUCCUCUAGAUUUCCAGAACACAGUGAGAGUGUGUGAUGUAACUGAAUCAGCAUCAGUGCCUGUGCUGCUGAUAAACCUGAUCAAAGGGAAUCUGCUUCCCUCUGCUCUCAUCUGGAUCACCUCCAGACCUGCAGCAGCUGAUCAAAUCCCCUCUGAGUGUGUGGAUCGAGUCACAGAGGUACGAGGGUUCAAUGACCCACAGAAGGAAGAGUACUUCAGGAAGAGGAUCAGUGAGCAGAGCCUGGCCAAUAACAUCAUCACACACCUGAAGUCAUUAAGAAGCCUCUACAUCAUGUGUCACAUCCCAGUCUUCUGCUGGAUUACAGCCACUGUUCUAGAGAGAAUGUUGGGUGAAGCAGAGAGUGGAGAGAUCCCCAAGACUCUGACUCAAAUGUACACACACUUCCUCAUCAUUCAGACAAACAUCAUCAGAGAAAAAUACUCAAAGAAGCAGGAGAGAGAUAAAGAAAUGCUUCUUAAACUGGGACAACUGGCUUUUCAGCAGCUGAAGAAAGGGAACCUGAUCUUCUAUGAUGAAGACCUGAGAGAGUGUGGUAUUGAUGUGAGAGAAGCAGCAGUGUACUCAGGUGUGUGUACUCAGAUCUUCAGAGAGGAGUUUGGGCUUCACCACAGUAAAGUGUACUGCUUUGUUCAUCUGAGCAUUCAGGAGCAUCUCGCAGCUCUGUAUGUGCACCUGACCUUCAUGAAGGAGAAGAGAAAUGUUCUUAAACAGAAUCAAGAUGCUAAACAUUGGAUGCAAGAAAAUACAAUCUCAGAUGUACACAAGAGUGCUGUGUAUCAGACUUUAAAAAGUAAGACUGGACAUCUGGAUCUUUUCCUUCGCUUUCUUCUGGGUCUCUCACUGGAGUCCAAUCAGAAACUUUUACAUGUUUUAGUAACACAGACAGGAAGUAGCUCCCAGAGCAUAAAGGAAACAGUUCAGUACAUUAAGGAGAAGAUCAGUAGAAAUCUUCCUGUAGAGAAAUCCAUCAAUCUGUUCCACUGUCUGAAUGAACUGGGUGAUAAUUCUCUAGUGGAGAAAAUCCAACACUACCUGAAAUCUGGAAAACAAAGUGAACUUUCUUCUUCACAGUGGUCUGCUCUGGUGUUUGUGUUACUGACAUCAGCACAGGAGCUGGAUGAGUUUGACCUGAGUAAAUAUACCAGUACAGAUAAUAUAACAGAAGAUGUUGUUCUGAAGAUGAUGCCUGUGAUUGAAGCAUCCAGUAAAGCAAUGUUGUGUAAUUGUGGUGUCUCAGCUAAAGGCUAUGCUGCUCUGUCUUCAGCUCUGAGAUCAAACCCCUCACACCUGAGAGAACUGGAUCUGUCUGAGAAUAAACUAGGAGACUCAGGAGUGAAGAGUCUUUCUGCUGUACUGGAGAAUCCUCACUGUAAACUGGAGACACUGAGUUUGUGUGGCUGUGGUGUCUCAGAUGAAGGCUGUGCUGCUCUGACUUCAGCUCUGAGAUCAAACCCCUCACACCUGAGAGAACUGGAUCUGACUGAGAGUAAACUAGGAGACUCAGGAGUGAAGAAUCUCUCUGCUGUACUGGAGAAUCCUCACUGUAAACUGGAGACACUGUGGUUGUGUAUGUGUGGUGUCUCAGAUGAAGGCUGGGCUGCUCUGACUUCAGCUCUGAGAUCAAACCCCUCACACCUGAGAGAACUGAAUCUGUCCUGUAAUAAACUAGGAGUCUCAGGAGUGAAGAUUCUCUCUGCUGUACUGGAGAAUCCUCACUGUAAACUGGAGACACUGAGGUUGUAUAUGUGUGGUGUCUCAGAUGAAGGCUGUGCUGCUCUGACUUCAGCUCUGAGAUCAAACCCCUCACACCUGAGAGAACUGGAUCUGUCCUAUAAUAAACUAGGAGACUCAGGAGUGAAGAAUCUCUCUGCUGUACUGGAGAAUCCUCACUGUAAACUGGAGACACUGAGGUAA